AUGGUGAAGCUCUUCCUGGCCGCAGCCUAUUCGGCAGUGGUGACUGCAAUCCUGUCGUUACCUGCUACAGUGUCGGCUACGAAUGCAGCUACGGCUGCUGCUGAGGACAUGGUUUUCGAUGCCAAGGCUCAGUCCAUCGUCGACGGGUUCUCCAUCGCUCAAGUAAUCGGUCAAAUGACGCAAGUCGACAUCAGCACUGUGAUGAACCCCAAGGACAACACUCUCAACGAGGACUGGGUGCGCCUGUACGCUCAGCAAUAUGUUGGGUCGUACCUCAACACUAUUUGGGACGAACCCAAAGAGAAGAAGUACGGCUGGACGGCUUCCGAGUUCCGUUCCGUUGUCAAACGAAUCCAGGAAAUCAGUAUGGAGGAGAACGGAGGUCACCCCAUCAUCUACGGCCUCGACUCGGUGCACGGCGCUAACUACGUUGAAGGGGCUGUCAUUUUCCCCCACCAAAUUAAUGGCGGUGCAAGUUUCAACCCUGAUCUUGUCUACGAGGCUGGUCGUAUCACUGCUCGCGAUACCCAAGCCGCGGGUAUCCCUUGGAUCUUCGGUCCUAUUCUUGAGAUUUCACAGAACCCGCUGUGGUCUCGCACAUACGAGACUUUCGGUGAAGAUCCGUACUUGGCUUCCGUGAUGGGAGACGCUAUCGUUCGUGGUCUCCAGAGCUACAACCAAUCCGCUGCUUGUAUGAAACACUUUAUCGGAUAUUCCAAGACCGCUACAGGACACGACCGCGACAAUGUUGUCAUGGCAGAUUUCGAUCUUCUUAACUACUUCUUGCCUCCUUUUAAAGCUGCGAUGGAAGCUGGUGCCAUGUCGACGAUGGAGAACUACAUCUCGAUCAACGGCGAGCCUGUGAUUGCCAACUCUCGCAUCUUAAACGACCUACUUCGCUCCGAUUUGGGGUUUGAUGGUCUUCUGGUUUCCGACUGGGCUGAGAUCAACAACCUCAAGGACUGGCACCGCGUUGUCAACUCCUACGAAGAUGCCGUAGCUCUAUCUCUGAAGCAGACGUCGCUCGACAUGAGCAUGGUACCCAACGAUACCAAGUUCAUUGACUACACGCAGAGUAUGCUGGAGAAGCACCCAGAACAUGAAGCUCGUCUUCGUCAGUCGGCGAAGCGUAUCAUCAAGACGAAGCUGAAGCUUGGACUGUACGACAACCCGGUUCCCGGCGAGAACUUCGUUUCAAUGGUGGGGAGCGAAGAAGAUAAGACUGCGGCGCUGAAUAUGGCUCGUGAAUCCAUUGUGCUGCUUAAAAACGCCGAGGAUGUCCUUCCUCUUCCAAAGAACGCGUCCGUGUUCCUUACGGGCCACUCUGCGAACAACGUUGGCUACCAGUGCGGUGGAUGGAGCAAGGCUUGGCAGGGAUACUCUGGCAACGAGAUGUUCCCUAACGGAGUCACUGUUCGUCAGGGUUUUGAGAACUUGGUCGGCAAUGAAUCAUUCACCUACUUUAACGGACUGCUUGCAAAUGGCUCCAUCACGGAUGAGGACUUAGCUACCGCUGAAAGUUACGCUAGCCAACACGAAUACACGGUUGUUGUUAUCGGCGAGCCUAACUACACGGAGAAGCCCGGCGACAUUGACAACCUGGAACUUCCAGAGGGCCAGAUCAAGUACAUUGAAGCUCUCCGUGCAACCGACACCAAGAUGAUCGUUGUUCUGUUCGAAGGGCGUCCGCGUCUGCUUGGCUCGAUUCCGGACCACUCGAUGGCCAUUAUUGACGGUCUGUUGCCUUGCGAGCUCGGUGGUCAGGCAAUGGCUGAGAUCAUCUAUGGAGAAGUCAACCCAAGCGGCAGACUGCCGAUCACCUACCCGAAAGACCCGGCCAACGUCGCCAUCCCGUACAACCACCUGGUCACUACGCGCUGCGCCUGGGACAACUGCUGGCAGCAAUGGGACUUCGGCUCGGGCCUCAGUUACACGCAGUUCAACUACUCUGCUGUGACUCUAGACACGACUCUGCUAAGCAGUGCGUCGGAGACCGUCACCGCUACAGUGACCGUCACGAACGUAGGUGCCCGUGCCGGAAAGGAGACAGUCAUGUUGUUCGUGAUCCAACCGUACCGUCUUAUCUCGGUGCCGGAGGUGAAGCAGUUGAAGAAGUUCAAAAAGAUCGAACUGCAAGCUGGCGAGUCCAUGGACGUCUCGUUCACACUAACCACUGACGACUUGAGCGUGUAUGACCCGCAACUCGGCAAAGGUCUGAAGCGUGUGUUCGAGGACAGCGACUACGUGGUGGCCAUCAAACCCGAAACCUGGUGCAAUGUUUACAAUAACAUCACACACCCAUUGUGCGCCGAGUUCAGCGUCGACACCAGCAGCGGUGGGGGCACAGUUAACGUUGGCAGCGGACUGUUGUAA